AUGCCACCACUAAAAUCUCACCUUCAACGCUUUGCCCAGCGCUUCAAGAACGACCCCUUUGAAAACAAGGAGCUCGAACAAGCCUUCAAAGAAACGGGUCUUCUACUCAAGAAACAUGGUGUCGAGACCGAAUAUAUCGAGAGUCAGACGCGCGAGAAUAACCCAAAAUGUACUAUUAGAUGGAAUUUAGGAGGUGUGCUGAAGGGGUUUGCCCAGAUGAAGGAGAGGGGGGGAGGAGGAGAAAAUGAAGAGAGAAAACGGUCAAGCGAAAGACGGAAUUGUAACCAUUGA